AUGGCCGUCAAGCGUUGUUUCCUAGUUGCCGCUCUGGCCGUGGUCGCCUUCGGUGCGGUCGCGUAUGCCGACUCCAAGGAGGAAACCGAGCUGAUCGGAGUGAUCAACGAGAUCGACAGCGAGUCCCGGUUCCCGCUGUUCGGAGGGCUCGCCGUCGAGCGGUCGGCCGACUACGAGGUCCGCGCCUUCGGAGCCCGCUCCAACGAGGAUCUGGCUGAGCGUGCCGUGCGCUACCUCGCCUCGCAUACGCUCAAGUUCAGCGUCCCCACCGAGGAGAACACCGUCGAAGAAGCUCGCAGCAGCCGCCUGAAGAAGAUGCUGCUUCCUCUGCUGCUGGCCCUGAAGCUGAAGAUGGCCGUCGUCCUGCCCAUCCUGCUCGCCGUCGUGAAGUUCAUCUCGCUCAAGGGACUGAUGGCCGGUCUGAUGGCCCUGAAGUUCUCCAUCUUCACCGUCCUGAAGGAUCUGUUCGCGAAGAAGCAGGAGCGCGUGACCACCGCCUACAUCACCAGCGCUCAGCCCGUGAACGCCGAGAUCGUCCACCAGGACUGGCACCGCAACGGACAGGCCCCCGCUCACGAGCUGGCCUACGGAGCCUACCCGUACGCGACCCUGGCCUAA